GCAGUGCCACCCUCUAAACUACUCGGAAUGGCAGUUUUUGUGCUUUUCUGACCUGCCGCAGACGCCCUUAACAGUAUUCACUUUAAUCAUUUUAACCCGCAUUCUAAAUCGAUGUAAACAAACCACUGAUAGACGUCAAAAAAGCGAGGUUAUGCUCGCCCGUGCAAAACCUUAUAAUUUUUUAUAUUUCAUAAUUUGUUGUUCAGGAUUUGAAGAUUGCAAUCAAAAUAAUAGCAGAAAAUUUCUACAAAUCUAUUUUGAAAUGCGACUUUUACUUCUACGUCGCGGCAUUGAACAACUUGCCGGAAGUGUUGGGUUUCAACCUUACUUGAGACAGAAGUCAAUACCGUCGAUGUCAAUUCGCCAGCUAAACACAAAAUCGGUAGCUUAUGCUAUGGAAAAACAACUGCAAAUUGGAGCUCAUCAAAUAAACUUUGUCAAAGUUGGCAAUGGCGAGAAAGGAUUAAUUUUAUUACCUGGAGCAUUAGGUACCGCCUGGACAGAUUUCAAACCACAAAUUGAGCAACUUCCUAGUCUACUUCCAAGCCAUACUGUAAUAGCGUGGGAUCCUCCUGGCUAUGGUAAGUCUCGACCUCCGGAGAAGCAGUUUGGACUCGAUUUUUAUGAGCAAGAUGCAGACUCUGCAUUCCAUUUGAUGGAAAAAUUUGGCUUUGAAAAGUUUUCAAUCCUCGGCUGGAGUGAUGGUGGAAUUACCGGUCUGAUAAUGGCAGGCAGAAAACCAACGCAGGUGGAAAAGCUAGUUGUAUGGGGUGCCAACGCAUAUAUCACACAAAAAGAAGCUGAUAUUUACCAGAGUAUCCGCGAUGUGAGUAAAUGGUCCAGUCGUAUGCGAGAGCCUAUGGAAGCCAUAUAUGGGAAGGCAGAUUUUCCGCGAAUCUGGUCGGCCUGGGUUGACGGAAUGCUUCAAAUCUAUCGGAAGAAGAAUGGAGACAUAUGUAAGGACGUAUUAGAAAAUAUUCGAGCUCCCACUUUUGUCCUCCACGGAGCUCUAGAUCCCAUGAUUGUACCCGAGCACGUACCACACCUUUUAAACACAAUCCCAACUACCGAGUUGCACGUUUUUCCUGACGGUAAACAUAACAUUCAUUUGAAAUACUCGAAAGAAUUCAACAAACUGGUCAGCGGUUUUAUAAAUCUUUAGUAACGUGGUACGUGACAACAUAAAAGUCUUCACAUUGUUAUAAAGUUUUCUACGUCGUUAUCCAUUUACCGCUGAAGAGAUUUAAACAAACCAGAAAUUUUAGCGUAAAAAAUAAGUACUGAUGCGCCAUGAAAAUAUAAAGGUAUCAGAUCGCUCUAUCACAGUGAUGGCCAAACUGCGGCCCGCAUGUGGCCCUUCAUGAUGAUUCGUGCGGCUCGCGGACUGAUUUGAAAG